UUUACUCGAAGGUUGAAAUAAAUUUGCAAACACCAUAUAGCGCUAAUAUUAACUUCUUGUUAGUGAGGAUGUCGUACGCCUAUCUAUUUAAGUAUAUAAUUAUAGGGGAUACAGGCGUUGGGAAGUCAUGUUUACUAUUGCAGUUUACUGACAAGCGAUUUCAACCAGUUCAUGAUUUAACUAUCGGUGUUGAAUUCGGGGCUCGAAUGAUCAAUAUAGAUGACAAACAAAUCAAGUUACAAAUAUGGGACACUGCUGGACAAGAAUCGUUUCGAUCAAUUACUCGAUCUUAUUACCGUGGUGCAGCAGGUGCUUUACUAGUAUAUGAUAUCACCAGAAGAGAAACAUUUACUCAUUUAACUACCUGGUUGGAGGAUGCUAGACAACAUUCAAGCUCUAACAUGGUUAUUAUGCUGAUAGGAAAUAAAAGUGACUUGGAAAGUCGACGCGAUGUUCAAAAAGAGGAAGGUGAAGCAUUUGCCAGAGAACAUGGCUUAAUUUUUAUGGAAACAUCAGCUAAAACUGCCGCUAAUGUUGAAGACGCCUUUAUUGAUACAGCGAAGUGUAUUCAUGGAAAAAUCCAGGAGGGCGUUCUUGAUGUCAAUAACGAGGUAAGUUUAUUCUUGCAAUCAAAUUAUUAAUACUUCUAUGUUUACCACUGUUGACAAUUUAAAUAGAGUUUUUAUAACAGAUUUCAGAAAAUCUAGUGUUGUUAAUAUUAUUUUAAAGUUUAACUGAAUAUCUGGAAGUAAUGUCAAUGCCAAUUUUUCCUGUAUUUAAAUAAUUAAAUACAGUUCCUUCGGUUAUUAAAGAAUGAUAUUAAUACGGGUCGAAUCUAAGCAGGACAUACUACUUUGUCAAUUACAAUGUAAAUUCUGUGUAUCAAAGAAUACUACUAAAUAUAAAUCAAUGCUUCUAUACUUAGAACUGAUUUGGGAUUUUAAAUAAUUUUCAGUUGUAUUUUUGUGGCCCAUUAAAACUUAAUGAAUGUACACUAAUUACUAGAAAUUAGGUAAAUAAUUCGUGCGUUUCGUCCUGUACUGAAAAAGUUCUGAAUUUUGUCAUAUCGGUGAAAUAUUCUUAGAGUGAGAUUAUUCUUUUGUACUAAGGAUAUCUUGUAUCAUCUCCCUAAAAAUCAUUGCCUGAGUUUUAAAAUCUCUAAAAAACAAAGAUUAAGGCUGAGUGAAAAUUUAAGUUAAACUAGAUUACGGUCUUCUAGAUUACCAGUUUAAUCCUAUGCGUGUAAUGUACAAAACCUCUCAACUCAGGUAGUUUAUUCUACUAGUCCAUGUUUUCUCGAGUCAUAUCUUCUAUGCUUAAGCUUUUCUACUACCACUAAUACUGUUAAUACUUAUACUAUUUCGGCACCUUGCUGUGCUGAUGUUGUGUGGUAAUUGACGUGUCAGAAUGAAGAUAGGAAAAAAAGUCACUCAGAACUGAUUUGCGGACUAUUGUUAUUUAUGUUCUUAUUGUAUAAUUACUAAGUAACUGGAAUACUAUGUUUAUAUAUUCCGUUUAAUUUACUAACUAUUAUUGCACUGUAUAUUAUUCCUAUUUUACUGCCAAAGGAUUAUUCACAGCUUGCCCUAUUCAAAGCCACUUUUGAUUUGUUUAUGUAAGACUGUGAUUUUUCAUUUUAUGAUGUGAUGUGGUCCACUGUAUUAAACCCACGUAUGUUUGGAUUGUAACAGCACUAGAAGUUGUCUGCUAACUACUUGGGUUCAAAGCAAAAUAUGGAGUAUCGUACACGAAUAUUGGGCCAAUAUGAGCUCAAUUUGCGUAGUCUUAAGGUUAACUGCGCGAGUCAAAAGAGUAGCUAUUCAAGUCUAGGGGAGCUAGGUUAUAAACGGUAUAGUAGAUGCAGGAUAUAGAGAGAGUUCCACAUGUGAAAUCGAUUAGUAUCUCAAACCAAAAUAGUAACUUCAAUGGAUGCACAUAUACACCAGGUUCUAUGUUACGUAUUGCUGACUGAUUGACUGUAACUACUACGAAUCAUCAUCCACAUAAUGUUCACGCAUAUCACAUGUUUCCAAUUAGGCAAAAGUCCGGCUGUAAAAGUUCGUAUCCACAACGCGUCGCUGAGAGCAGUUUUGCUCUAUACUUGUGAAACCUGGCCUCUCCAAGUUGAGGACGUUAGACGACUUUCUGUGUUUGAUCAUCGUUGUCUCCGAAGGAUUGCUGACAACCAGUGGCAACACCAUGUUAGUAAUGCACGGGUUCGGCAGUGUGUGUUCGGGCUCAGUGACGAUAACUCGAUUGGCGUCACCAUCCUGAAGCAUCGACUUCGGUGUCUUGGACAUAUUCUACGAAUGUCGUCUCAGAGAAUUCCUCGUCGUGCAUUAUUUGCCAACUCGGACUGGUUGGAAGAAGCGGAGAGAUGGUCAGUGUAUGACAUGGUGUCGUGGUAUGAAAGAAAGCGGCAAAGGGAUGGCUUCUGUUGGUCCUUCAUGACUCCCUGGUUGGGGUCCUAGAGAUGAUGCAACAUAGUGUCUAGAGACGUUAUCAGAUAUGGCUCAGAAUAGAAGCCAGUGGUGAUCCUGCUGUAAUCUUCUUUUACUACCACACUACCUUACACCAAUCUCUUCGUUAUGGUUUUCUUUUCUUUACGCUCCUUACCUUUUUUUUCUUUUCUCCUCGAAUUCUCAUUGUUUUGUGUGGCGCAUAUUUAUUGGCGCUCUCUUGUACCAGUAUUUAUGUGUCCAAAUAAAUAAAUAAUCAAUUGUCUAAGACUUGACUGUUCGUUUACACACUAAUCACUCUCUGUUCUCAUUCUCUUCUCUUCGAUCUUCUUAACCUUCUGCCGCUUAGCGUUUCACUCUCAAUAGGUGAUACAUACUACUUAUAUCUGUCAACAUCAGUAGCACACAUCGCCGGGACUACUUCCAACUUUCCAAAAAAACUUACUUAAAAACUGUCUGCUAGAAUGGAUCAUACCUAAAUGCUUCCAAAGUGAUCUACUAAGCUAUGACCUGUUUCCUCAAUGUAAAGGCUAAUUACAAAAAAUUAGAAAUAACGUAGGACCUAGCACAAAUGAUUGCUGGUAAAAGUUGACACGCCUCAGAUCGGUACAGUAAGCAUGAAUGAAAUGAACUAAAACGGAAGAGACAAAGAACUAAGUAAAAUGGCCGAAAGUAACGAAAGUCCUGGAAUUAAAAGUAUCGAAUGAUAGUAAGUUUCUAAUUCACAGAAAGUGAGUGAAUAAAAACAUUCCGUCUCUGGAAUAAAUUUUUAGUUAUCUCAUCUAAUAUCACUAACCGUAAAUGACUGUUAUCUCGUGAAAUUUAACCAGGAGAUUCAUACCUUCCUAUCGGGUCCAUCACUCUUAAUCUUUUCCUGUUAUCAUAAGUUUGUUAACCAUUUUAUAUUGUCACUUUAACCGCCUUGAAAGAGUAUUAUCUAAUAUUUGAAACUAAAGUCAUCAAACCGCAGCUUAACAUAGAAUUGGUUAUCAUAAAAUCCUUCAAGAGACCAACCUAAACGACUGAAUACUACGAAAUGAAAGGUGAUGUACUCUGUUUUGAACCAUAAAUUGCAUAACGGUACUAAUAAUACUUGGCUCCCUUAGCCUAAGUAGAUAACGCGAGAUUCUAUCCUGGAAUCUGUUGGUUGAAAUCAAAGUUCUUCAACCACCAGGUCACCACGCAGUUAUAGAACAUGACUUGAUAUGCGAUGAUAAUUACCUUAGUUACUAAUUACAUGUAUCUUAUUUGAUCUACAUUAGAGACUAGCUAUGUGGGAUAGUGAGUAGUGAAAAAUAUUCGGCAACUUAAUUCAAGUUGGCAAUUCACUAACUCCUAGUUGGUUAUUCCAUAUCGGUUGUUGAAACAUCUAACAAAUAAAUUAAGUGUUACAAUGUUAAACCCUAUCUCAAUUCACGUUCUGUUUAGGUCUUCACUCAUUUUGCAUGAAUAUCGACAACCUAGUGGUAUAUAUGGGUAAAGCUUAAUCUUUGACAGCAUUUUCAAUUCCCAACAGUGUUCUUCCUUCUACUUGUUUUGUUUUUUACAUUAUUUUUCAAGGCAAAUGGGAUUAAACUUGGACCUCAUCAUAACCCGGUAGGUGGAGCAUAUAAUAAUAAUAACAUGACAAAUCGUACUUCUGGUGCCGGUUGCUGCUAAUUAUCGAUAAAUACUAUGUGUUGAUGGAUCCUUUAUGGGUUUUUUGUUUUGAUUGUUAAGAGAAGAAACCUCGGUAAGACAAUUUGAAAAUUAAUAAUAAUAACAGAAAUAAAUAUCGUGUUCGUUUGUUUGCACUUAUUGUUUCCACCCCCCGUUACAUUUUGAGUAAUUCCUAUAAUCCAUGUGAUAAUUAUGUGCAGCUUGGCGAUUGAUUCAUUCUGCUUACGUACAUUCUAUUUCUUUUUUCUGUCAUCAUGUUAUCUUGUCCCCCAGUAUCUCUGUACUCCACUCCCUUUUCUUUCGUCUUCAAUGUCUAUUUCCUUAGUCUUUCUUUCAUAUCUAUCAUGUUCGACAAUAACUACACAAAUAUCAUUGUAACUCAUCAACUUCAAUCAUUGCUCAUUAUGCAAAAUCAGUGACCAAUACAUUUUCGUUUGUUUUGUUCACAUUCAAUAAAAAUUAUCUGUCUAUUGGACAAUAUUUCUCAUAAUAUAAAUUAAUAGAGAAUUUGUUUGUUAUACUCGAUUAUUAAUCGGCACAUACCGUUUAUUCUUGUUUUGUUCUCAAUCUUUUUUCAUGAUACAUUUGAUAUGUACACUAUCUCUCUCUCUCCUUUAAAUAUACAAAUAUCUUAUUAGGAAAUUCAGUAGGUGGAAAUUAAUUGCUGUUUUGGUGAUCAACUUUUUAAUCUAUGACACACUAAUCACUACAUUCAUAAACUUGGUUUUAAAAGAGAACAAGUAAAUAAGUGUGAUACCUGUGUGUUCAUUUGUUCUGUAUUCGUUACAUUCUUAAUUCGAAGAAAAAGCUAAUUAGUAAUUUAAUUACAAAUAUCUUUGUCCACUUGAUGUUUUGUGUAUGUUUACCCUGGAAUAUUUCACUUUUUCACUGUCCAAAUACAGUUUCAGAAGAAAAACUACACAUACACACUUAUGAACAUGUGAAACAAAGUAUUCUAUAUAUUUCUAACAUGUGUUAAUUGUGGUGAACUAUUGCUUUUUUGUCUCUCUUCUAAUAAUAACUUUUGUUGUUGUUGUUGUUGUGUAUGCAUUUGACAGCGUAUAUUUCAUCUCAUUUUGAAAUUUAUGUUAUUUGGUUAUUUGUUCAUUUGUUAUUGUUUUAACCGUCGGGGUAUAUACAUAUUGUAAAAAUGGUCUACUGUGUACACCGAUGGUGUUUAACUGUUAAAGAACUAAUCAUCUUUCAACUAGUAGGUCAUAGAUUAAAAUUCAACUGUAUUUAUUCCAAUUUAUGUAGCCGGGUUGUAAUUUUAUACCUCAGAUAAAUUAUUAAACUUG